AUGAAACCAACACACCUCAUACUCACCCUCACCCUCUCUCUCCUCCCACAAACCCUCUCCGCAGCCGUAACCGUCACCGCCGCCCCCUCCAUACCCUCCAACGAGCCCCAAUGGAAGACCACCUCAAAAUUCACAUCCGCCAUCCUCAACAGCACCAACUUCUACCGCGACCAACACAACGCCAGCGCCGUCUCGUGGAACAAGACCCUCGCCUCCUUCGCCGGCGCCUACCUCCAAAAGAGCGACUGCCAGUUCGAGCACUCGGGCGGCCCCUACGGCGAGAACCUAGCAGAGGGGUAUCCGAACGCGACGGCCAGCGUAGAGGCCUGGGGCAACGAGAGGGACAAGUACGACUUUUCGGAUCCGCAGUUUGGCCACGACACGGGCCAUUUUACGCAGUUGGUGUGGAAGAAUACGACGGCGGUGGGCUGCGACAGGAGGCUGUGCGGUGAGAAGGGCUGGUAUCUUGUGUGUGAGUAUUGGCCGAGGGGGAAUGUGGUUGGGCAGUUUGGGGAGGAGGUUGGGAAGGAGGUUUCGGGGGUGGGUGAGUUGAGGCCGAGGAUUGUGUUUGUGAUGAUUGCAGUGCUUGCUUUGUUGGAGUUGUUUUGA